AUAUUCGUUGUAGUUUAUAAGGAGAGUGUGGUCACCGAAGUGUUCAGUCUUCGCCCAGUGAUUGUGGGUGCAGGAUCCACUAUGCGUGCUCAUUAUGUUGUAGUGAUAAUCUGCGUGUUGUUGCAGUGUGGCGCAACCAAAUACACCUCUGCUUGGAACAUGGUCUUCCAGUAUCCAGAGGCGAGGAGGGAUGAAACAGUAGUCGACGAUUACCAUGGAACUAAGAUAGCAGAUCCGUAUCGGUGGCUCGAAGACCCAGAUUCGGAAGAAACAAAAGCGUUCAUAGAAGCAGAAAACAAUAUUACUCGACCGUUCCUCGAUUCGUGUCCAGUGAAGGAAGGCAUCCACAACCGACUCACUGAGCUGUGGAACUACCCGAAGUACUCGAGUCCCUUCAAACGAGGCGACCGAUACUUCUUCUUUAAAAACACGGGGCUACAGAAUCAAAAUGUCCUGUACAUGCAAAAAAGCUUGGACGCGGAACCGGAAAUAUUCCUGGACCCCAACACUCUCUCAGAAGACGGUACUGUUGCGUUAUCCGGAUACCGCUUCACGGAAGACGGCUUGACAUUCGCGUACGGCCUUUCUGCCAGCGGCUCCGACUGGAUCACUAUACACCUGAAGGAUGUUGUCACUGGUAAAGAUUAUCCAGAAGUGUUGAAGAAUGUCAAGUUUGCCUCAAUGGCAUGGACGAAGGACGGCAAAGGAUUGUUUUACUCUCGAUACCCAGAGCAAACAGGGAAGACGGACGGCUCCGAGACUGAAGUAAACCGUGACCAGAAGCUCUGCUACCACCAACUGAACACGCCGCAGUCUGAGGACGUCAUCGUUGUCGAAUUCCCCGAGGAACCCCUCUGGAGGAUCGGCGCCGAGGUGUCGGACUGCGGGCGCUACCUGCUGGUGAGCCCGGUGCGCGACUGCCGCGACAACCUGCUGUUCUUCGCCGACCUGCGGCGCGCGCGCCCCGCCGCCGGCGCGCUGCCGCUCACGCAGAUCGUGCGCCACUUCGAGGCCGACUACGAGUACAUUACAAACAACUUGUCAGAAAACAGUUCUGUGUGUAUAUUCCGCACGAACAAAAAUGCGCCCAAUUAUAAGUUGAUCAAGAUUGACUUGAACAAUCCGGCCGAGGAGAACUGGGAGACUGUUAUACCGGAGCAUCCUACGGAUGUACUCGACUGGGCAACUCCAGUAGACAAUGACAAACUAGUUGUUCACUACGUCAGAGAUGUUAAGAGUGUCCUCCAACUGCACUCGGACUCUGGAGAGUUGUUGCAAGUAUUCGACCUCGACGUCGGAUCCAUCGUGGGCUUCUCGGGCAAGAAACAGCAGUCGGAGAUGUUCUACCACUUCAUGUCUUUCCUGACACCCGGCAUCAUAUAUCACGUGGACUUCAAGGGUCCCAAACCUUACAAACCUACUGUAUUUAGAGAAGUUGAGGUGAAAGGUUUUGAUGCUUCACAAUACGAGGCUAAGCAAAUAUUUUACUCCAGCAAAGAUGGCACCAAAGUUCCUAUGUUUAUUGUUUCCAAAAAGGGCCUGCCGCGCGACGGCUCCAGCCCGGCGCUGCUGUACGGCUACGGCGGCUUCAACAUCAACCUGCAGCCCAGCUUCAGCGUCACGCGGCUCGUCUUCAUGCAGCACUUCAACGGCGUCGUCGCCAUACCCAACAUCCGCGGUGGCGGUGAGUACGGAGAGCGGUGGCACAACGCUGGUCGUCUGCUCAACAAGCAGAACGUGUUCGACGACUUCCAAGCGGCGGCUGAAUAUCUAAUAGCGGAGCGCUACACCAGCGCCUCGCUGCUCACAGCGCAGGGAGGUUCAAACGGCGGCCUGCUCGUCGCCGCCUGCAUCAACCAGCGGCCCGAGCUCUUCGGCGCCGCCAUCGUGCAGGUUGGAGUUCUAGACAUGCUGCGGUUCCAAAAGUUCACGAUAGGACACGCGUGGGUAUCGGACUACGGCAGCUCCGACAACAAGACGCAAUUUGAAAAUUUGCUCAAAUACUCGCCGUUACACAACAUACAGCCGCCGGAUAAUGCAGGGCGCGCCGAGUACCCGGCCACGCUGGUGCUGACGGCGGACCACGACGACCGCGUGGUGCCGCUGCACUCGCUCAAGUUCGUGGCGGCGCUGCAGCACGCCGUGCGCGCCGCGCCGCAGCGCCGCCCGCUACUGGCGCGCGUCGACGGCAAGGCGGGCCACGGCGGCGGCAAGCCCACCGCCAAGCUGAUCGAUGAACACACAGAUAUCCUGUGCUUCAUGACACAGGCGCUCGGACUUAAGUUUGAGAAGUGAUUGACUGCCAUAUAUUUAUAUAUAUAUGCGAACAAUUUAAUAGUAUUAAUUGCAAUGAUCGAGAUGAUUGGAUUUUAAAUAAAAUAGUAUUAUGUAAAUAAUUAUAUACGAAGACAACCACAAUCAGUUGAUUACCUCAAGUCUUUACCAUGUGUACUGGUGAUAUUGUUAUGUAUUGCUACUAUUUUUUAUGGAUUAAACAUUGUUUUUAUUUUUCA